AUGCUACUACCUUCAAACAUCAAAUUUGUUUUCCCAGAUAAAUUAAAAAAAUAAACCUACUAUGGAACAAGAAUAAAUGAAUUUUUUGAAGAAGGACUUAUUUAAAAAACUAAAAGAUUUAAACUAUGGAAAAGGAUCUUGUUUAGAAUAAAAGAGAAGUUUAAAUAAGUAUUAAAAAAAAUAGCUAUUUAAUUUAUAAUUCUCUUAAAGAAAUAAGUUCAAAAAGUACAAAAUGCUACCUAAUAAUUGAACAAUGAAUUUAGAAAACUAGAGGGAGAAUUUUAAAGAUACGAAAAAACCAAUAAAAAAACAGAUUAGAAUUUCUUUCUUUUGAUCAUUGGAAAAUAAAAACAGAGGAGAUUGAUAAUAAUUGAAAUUAGAAAUUAAAUUCAGAAUGGGAAACCAAAAGAAUUGAAAAUUCAAUAAAAAUACUGA